AUGGAGAAUCAAGAGCCAACUUCGACAGAACAACCAACCACUGUGGACACUCCAACUCCAGCUCCAGUCGAGCCAACUCCAGCUCCAGUUGAGCCAACUCCAGCCCCAGCUGAGUCAACUCCAACUCCAGCACCAGUUGAGCCAACUCCAGCACCAGAGGUUGUUGAGGCAGCACCAGCCCCAACUGUUGAGGCACCUGUAACUACAUCCACUACUACUACCACCACCACAACAACAAGUGAUGAUCAGGCUGCAAGUUCAUCCAAAUCACCAGCCACAGUUACCUCAACACCAGCAUCCCCAUCAUCAACAAAGAAGGACAAGGACAUUUCAUAUGACUUGACAAAGGUUGUUGGACCAAGGACCUAUGGUGCCUCACUCAAAGUCGCUGCCUUCAUUGCUGAGGGUACAUUCAAGAGGUGGUUCGCUGGACAUAUCUUGAAAAAGAAUGGUAUCACUGCGAUGUUGAACUACAAGAUCAACUUGCCUGUCACUUCAUACCCAGCCGAGCCAAAGUAUGAAGGUAGAACCUUUCAGUUCAAGACCUACUCACCAAAGGAGUUCCUGCAGGAUGUUGAGGGUAUAGCCAAGGCCAACGCCGACGCACCAAACGCCUCAAACACCGUGGCCGGCUUCCACCGCGCCUACACUCAGGGCACCACCGACCCACUCGUCGUCGGUAAGACCUUUGUCUCGUUGCAGAAGGCUUCCGACGAGAACAAGCCCUCCCUCGCCGCCUUUGUCUCGGUCAAGGAGGACAAUGUACUGGAGCAGGCCAGACAGAGCCAGGAGCGCUGGAAGCAGGGCAAGCCCAAGUCGAUCCUAGACGGUGUUCCCGUCUCGGUCAAGGACGAGGUCGACCAGCAGGCCUACCACACCACGGCUGGUACCAGCUUCUUGUCCAAGAUCACCGAGGUCAAGACCAACGACGCCUAUCCCGUCGCCAGAUUGAGAGAGUUGGGAGCAUUGCUCGUGGGCAAGAACAACAUGCACGAGAUCGGUAUCUCCACGCUGGGCUACAACUUGCACUUUGGACACACUAGGAACCCCUACAACAUGGACCACUAUCCAGGUGGCAGUUCAUCAGGCUCGGCUUCCUCUGUCUCUGCAGGACUGAACCCAAUCAGUAUUGGAUGUGAUGGAGGUGGUUCGAUCAGAGUGCCAGCCUCCCUCUGUGGUGUUGUUGGACUCAAGGCAACCUUCUCCAGAGUGUCUCACACUGGUACCUAUGACCUUUGUUUCUCUGUUGGUCACAUUGGACCAAUUGGUGCUACUGUUGUUGAUUGUGCCAUCGGAUAUGCAGCUGUUGCUGGAAAGGAUGAUGAGGACGCAUUGACAAUGAUCCAACCAGAGGUUGUCAUUCCAGUCUUCCAGGAUAUUCCACAGAACAAGCCAUUGGCAGGACUGAAGGUCGGUGUCUUCCCAGACUGGUGCAAUGAUACCACCGAGGACAUCAACGUUGCCUACAAGAAGGCAUUGGCCAUCAUGGAGGAGCAAGGUGCCGUCAUCUCUGAGUUCAAGCUCGAGAAGCUCAACUAUAUCCGUCUGGCCCAAGUCGUACUCAUUCUCUCAGAGAUGAGAACAUCAAUGAGCAAGUUUAUGGGCAAGCACAGAACCGACUUCCAUUUGGACACUAGAGUCUCAUUGUCAUUGAUGGACGAUAUCUCUAGCUCGGACUACUUGCACUGCAACAAGAUCAGAACUUACGCCAUCAACCAGGUGAGACAGAUCUUCAACAGUGUCGAUGUGAUUGUCACACCAAUGAACGCCAUCUUGGCGCCAAAGAUCAUUCCAGGCGUCUUGUCGACUGGUGAGAGCAACCUGAGCGACGUUGCCGAGCUGAUGAAGUUUGCCUUCCUGGGCAACAUCACCGGUGUGCCAGGUCUGUCCAUCCCCAUGGGUGUCGACGAGAAGAACCUGCCUAUCGGACUGCAGAUCAUGGGCAGAUGGUGGGAGGAGGACCUGCUCCUCUACACUGGCUACGUUCUGGAGAGAGAGCUCAAGUUCAAGGGCAAGCCAGAGUACUACAAGCCAAUCUUGGACAACCAGGUCCAGCCAUAG